CCAGAGUGUUCUCUGUCUAAUUUGAUAAAUCAUUGCAUUGCAUGUAAUCCACAAACAACCCGUAAAUAGGUUUAUCUUAUAAUUCUCGUAUGAUUCAAAGAUUAAUCCAGGUUUCAUCGCAAAACUUGCGAUUUCAAUUCGGGUUCGAGAUUUGUAAUUCUCUUCGAAUUCACUGUUCUAGAUUUGAUAUACAACAGAUUUAUAUAUAAUUUUUGAAAAUAAUUCGGUGGUUGAUGAAAAAAAUUAAGAGGAAAUCAUUGGGAAUGGAUGAAGAUGAUGAGAAUUCGCUUACAAAUUUCAGAAUUUCCGACCCAUUAAAGAACGCAUUGAAGACAAAGGGGAUCGAAUCCUUGUUUCCUAUUCAAGCUCGCACCUUUGAAUCAAUCUACAAUGGCCUUGAUUUGAUCGGCAAGGCCAAAACUGGUCAGGGUAAGACAUUGGCCUUCAUUUUGCCCAUACUGGAGUCCAUUACAAGUGGACCAGAGAAGGCAUCACGGAGGACCGGAUAUGGUAGACCACCCAUAAUUCUUGUGCUUCUACCUACUAGGGAAUUAGCUAAGCAGGUAUUCACCGACUUUAAAUACUAUGGUGACGCGGUAGGUCUAACAUCAUGUUGUUUGUAUGGUGGAGGAGGAGCAUCUAUUUCUCCUCAAACCGUGGAAUUGAAAAGAGGGGUGGAUAUAGUUGUAGGCGCAGUUGGCCGAGUUAAGGACCACAUCGAGAGGGGAAAUCUUGAUUUCAGUUCAUUGAAAUUCCGUAUCCUUGAUGAAGCUGAUGAAAUGUUGAGGCAAGGUUUUGUUGAAGAUGUUGAGUAUAUUUUAGGCAAGGUGAAUGACGCAAGCAAAGUUCAAACCGUUCUGUUCAGUGCAACGCUACCAGCUUGGGUAAACCACAUUGCUUCACAAUUUUUAAAAGUGAACAAGAAGACCGUCGAUCUUGUUGGUGUGGAGGUGAUGAAGGCCAGCGAAAACGUGAGGCAUAUCAUCAUGCCUUGUUCUAGUUCAGCCAGAUAUCAAGUCAUUCCCGAUAUUAUUCGCCAUCAUAGCAGUGGAGGCCGGACCAUUAUAUUCACGGAGACAAAAGAUUAUUGUUCUGAACUCGCUGGUGUGUUGCCCGGCGCACGCCCUUUGCAUGGAGACAUACAACAGUCUCAACGUGAGGCGACACUUGCAGGGUUCCGAUCAGGGAAGUUCAUGACGCUAGUGGCCACGAAUGUGGCGGCUCGCGGGCUGGACAUACAUGAUGUUCAAUUGAUCAUCCAGUGUGAACCGCCGCGGGAUGUUGAUGACUAUAUUCAUCGAUCUGGGAGGACAGGAAGAGCAGGAAACUCUGGUGUUGCCAUUACACUUUAUGAGCCGAGAAAGGCUAAUAUUUCCAAGUUAGAGAGAGAAGCUGGUGUGGUAUUCGAACACGUGUCAGCUCCUCAGCCAUCAGAUAUUGCCAAAGCUGCGGGUGUGGAUGCUGCAGAAGCCAUACUUCAAGUUUCCGAUAGUGUGAUCCCUGUUUUCAAGUCGGCUGCUGAAGAUCUUUUGAAUAAUUCUGAUCUCUCGCCAGUUGAACUGCUUGCAAAGGCACUUGCCAAGAGCAUUGGUUACACCGAGAUUAAGCAGAGAUCAUUGCUAACGUCGAUGGAGAACUAUGUGACAGUUCUUCUAGAGGCUGGGAGGCCUAUUUAUACACCUUCAUUCGCAUACGGUGUCUUGAGGAGGUUUUUACCCGAGGAGAAGGUUGAGUCUGUUAGAGGACUUGCAUUGACUGCUGAUAAGAGGUGUGCUGUCUUUGAUGUUGCUAUUGAUGAUUUGGACACCUUUCUUGCAGGGCAGGAGAAUGUUGGUGGUGUAAGAUUGGUGGUAUUGAAAGAAUUACCACCUUUGCAAGAAAGAGAGCAGUCAAGGGGAAGAUACGGAGACGGAUGUGGUGGUUUUGGUAACAGGAGAGGUGGUGGCAGCGGUGGUGGCAGAGGUGGCGGGUUCUCUCAAGGAGGACGGGUUAGUUUCUCUGAUCGCCGAAAUGACAGAUUUCCCAAAGGUUCCGGCGGAGGAGGUAGAGGCCGAGGAGCCUAUAAAAAAUGGUAGGGCCGGAUGGGUAGCCAGCAGAGUGGGUUUUCUCUUUCGGUUGCCAAGAAGGCAAAUCAAUUUUGAGAUAAAAGUAGGAACAUUUUGAUAGAAAAAAUUUCGGCCAUAAGGGUAUUAUUUCCUUUAACCACAUUGUGAGUGACAAAUAUAAUUCUUUUUUUUACAAUGAAUAAAUGAUUAGUAAACCGGCGAGAACCGUAUAAUUCAUUUUUCGCUUUAAUGAUAAAAUCCAAAAUUACGUAUCC